UUGGGGGUCGGGGGGACCAGAGGACUGCGCCUGCGGGGCUCAAGGCCGGGGUCUAGUGCGCGGAGCGUGUUCUUACCUGUUAGAGAUAUGCGGCCUCUUGGCUAAUGAGACUGGGACAGAGGGGGCCGGGAGCUCAAACCCCAGGCAGAAGAGAGAAUCUUGGGCUGUAACCAUUGCUCGAGGAGCAAAGUCAGCCCCCCAACCCCCAAACAAACUUUCCAGCGGCCCCUCCCUGCCCCGCUGCCCCCUCCCUCCCGGAGCGCGCGACCGCAAGAGCUGACACAUGCGCAGUGCGGGCCCAGGGCCGGGCCGCGGAGCAGGAAGAGAGCGCAGCUAGGCGGGCGGUGGGGCCUGUUAAUUGGCAAUUAGGGGGGAGGCUGGUGGCUGGUGCGCGUCAGCGGAGGGGAGAGCGUCUGCCCACCCCCUGCUCCCACCCCCACUCGAGCGGAUGGAAAGAUGGGAGGUGCCUAGUACUGCGGGUGAAUGGGUGGGGGUGGGGGACUCGGUACUCAAAAGCCAUCUUGUGCUUGGAGAAAGGGGGCCAAUCUGCCUUCUCUCCCCCGGCCUGGCGUUCUCCACUUCCAACCGCGGCCACCCCACCCAGGAUACCCACUGGGCUGCUUCACCCGCCUGGCCUGGCUGCUCUGGGCUGGGAUCUGCCCAGUCUGAGGCGGAGGUGGGACUUGGGGAGGCCCCCGGACUGGGUAGGGACGGGCCCAGGCCUCGUUGCGGGGGCCUCCUUGGUGAGCGGAGGCAGUGAGGACUCAAGGCGCGGCUGGCUCGUGGGGUAGGGACGUCAGAAUUGGGCAGCCCGGAGGGUCCUGGGCGCUCGGGAUCUUCCUAAUAAUUGGUGCUAAUGGCGUGUUGUAUAGUCUUAACCCAACACAUAUGGUUUCAUAACAUAGUGGCUUAAUUUCUUCCAAAUGUACGUGGCCCUGAAUGUGUUGCAGCUUGAUAUAUGACCCUGCCCUGCUCCCUGGCCUGGGUCCGAGGCGGCCCCUAUAUGUGUGAGCUUCUGUUUAUAAAGGGCGAUGUAUACAUAAUCGCUUGCACACCCAGACAGACACACCCAAACCUGGGGUGGGGGGGCCCGCAUAUUCCUGGAGAGGUCUGACAGUCCAGAGUCACCUUCGGUCCGAACCAAGAGCACGCCCCCCCGCCCCCCAGCCCCUCAAUCCUCUCCCAACGCCGUGACUGGACUUCGCCGCCAAGCCUGAGUGGGGGAGGGGAUUGCUCCUCGAUUUCCUGUUUAAACCCUGACCAGUCGCCUUGGUGGUGGUGGGGCGGGGGGGAUAACCUGUUUUUAUCAAAUUCUUCAAAAUGUAGUUCGGCUGCAUUCAAAUCAAACCCCUUGGGCCCAGGUUGAGGGUGAAUCUUCCCUCCCCUCCCCCCACAAUCCCUUUCCCUUCCUCUCCUGCCCCCCCAAAAUUUCCCUUUCGCAGCCGACAUAAAGGCCUCGGAGGUAUUCUCCCAGGGGAAGAAAUGGCAUUUUCUCUCCCCCUUCCACCCCCCCCCCCAAUAGGACUUGUGUGUGUCGGCAGAGGCGUCUGCCGAGGGGCUAAUUUCGCGUUCCUUGUUUACGAUCUCGAGAAAAGCGCUUGGCUCUCCCCAAAUGGGCCCAGCCCGCCGCCUGCUCAGGCUGCCGCGCGCUCUCCCGCAGCUCCAGCGUGGCCCGGGGGCUAACGCCCCGGGGAGCCAGGCCGCGGCCGCCGAACCCCGAGUUCCUUGCGCUCUGCAAAGGGCAAGGGGAGCACAGUGGCCCAGUGGAGGGGCCCCGGAGGCCUGAAAAUGGGAGCCUUUCUCCUGGUGUACUGUGGGAACCGCCGAUCGGUGAGGCCUCUAUUUCUCUUUUGCUGUAUUUUGUCCGCCCCCGCCCCUGCAGAUGGCCGCACUGACUUGGUUGGGGGGGGGGGCAGGUCUCCUUUGUUUGCCCCCGAGGACGACAGUUUCCGGAGAAGGCCACUCAGGCCAGUGGGGAUUCACCUGGGAUACUAGAGGGACCCCCUCCCUUUGGAGGGGUGGGCCUGGGCAAGGCUGGGGUAUUUCUGUCUGCCUAAAGAGAUCUAAACGAAGGUGGCUGCUGAGAUUUCAGAAGGUGGCUGGUGAGAUUUCAGUUCGUGCUAGGGUUCCUGGUUGUCGGCUUAAUAGCACUAUCCUUUGAUGUCCUUAUAUAAUGUUUUCAUCAAUUGAUUUUCUGUCCCUUCCUGACUAGGGUCCUGCAGGCCCACACUCCCUUCACCCCUAGACUUUUCCUUAGGAGAGAGAGGGAUACAGAGAAAGCAGAGCAGCAGCGGCUGGCCCAGGUUUUCCACCUUCCAGUUUGGCUAGGGGAAAAGGCCAGCCCCAAAUGCCAGCCCCUUCCCUCCCUCCUUACUUUCGAUUUUCCUUCCCUCCUCUCUCUCCCCGGCUGGCGCUGGCACUCAAACAGAAGCACAAGAGGGGCCACCAGUGACAACUCUCAGCCUCCUUGCAGGCCAGAUUCCCUGUAGGCAUGGUCCUUAGAGCAAGAGAGCUGCUGUGAUUAUCUAAUAAUAGCCAGCGCAGUCGACUGAGAAGAGAAUCAGGCUCAAGGACUCUGCACGCCCAGGGCUAAGGUCGGGCAGAAUCCUCCAAUCUGUGGGUUAGGGUCUGGUGACACUCCCUGAAGCCCUGGGCCCCCAGAAUCCUCCUCUGAGCCCAUGCUUUGGGCACCCCAGGCCUGCCCCUUACGGGGCUUUGUCAGUCCUGCCACAGGCUGUAUUUCAUGCGCCAGCUCCUAGCUAAGGAGAAAUGGGCAGAGCAAACCCUUUCUCUCCCAGAUCUGACAGUUGUGAUCUCCACGAAGAAUGCGACCUUGUUUGGAGAAGGCGGCCUUGUUGGCUUGGCUGUUGUGUUCGUAAAGCAGGCUUGGUAGCUUUAUACAUUUAUUAUACAGAGGCUCAAAUGUACAGGCGCAGACUUCUGCAUGAAUAGAUACAGACUCAUAUUUCCUCAGUGGUUAAUUGUAUAUUACCAUGCCUAUAUUCGCUCAAACACCGUUUUAUGUGCAUGCGAAAUUUUGUUAGUCCUCACUAGAUGGCCGUGGGUUUAGAAAGGCGCUGGGUGCUCUCUGUGCUGUGUGUGCUCUAUGGGAAAAUGUGUUCUUGCUGGAAUCGGAGUAUGCGGGUUUCAGUAACCAGGGGCUGCCACAAAAGCUUUCUCUAGACCUCACUGCCUUCGCUGUCCAAGCAGCUGGGCUGAGGAAAGACUGUGGACUCCCUUCUGCCCUCUCCCACAACGCCCCCAAAACUUCCCCAACUCAGGACUCUUUUACCAGGAGAAUGCACUUGUGCUGAAAGUGAGUUCUUUAGGCAAAUUUCAUGGGUGAGGUAGGCCUCUGAGCAGUUCUGAGUGGUCAUUGGGCCCUGGCGCUUGAAGCCUUGCUGAGUGCUCAGUAAGGUGGCCUCUGGGUAGCUGCUGCGGGCUUGGGUGCCUGGAGUGGCCGCUGGAGAAGGCGAGCCAGCCGGGUAGGGGUGUGCGGUGAACAUCUGUCUGCCUCCCCCCCUGCCGCUGCUUGCCCCGUUUCUGUGUCUGUGUCAUUUGUGGGGCAGAUUGGGGCUCUCUAAGGUCCCCCAAAUGCCCAGAUCUGGUUACUGGUGGGACUUCAUUUUAAUCCGAUCUGCAACCUGAGCCAGGGAGAGGCUGAUGGGGCAGAAGAAGCUGGUCUGGCUGCCUGUGGGCCUAGAGCCCAGAGUGUGGGCCUGGGCUGGGAAUCAACCAGCCUCCGUUUCCCAUCUUUCUCCCGGCUGCAGACGGUGGGUAGGGGGAAAUAAAGGCCCAUCAACCCCCAGGAAAGAAAGUAAGGACAGGAGAGGGGCUGGCGGGGUUUUUCUCCACUCCCUAGGUGAUCAGGUUCCUCCCAAGACUCUCCUGUCCAGACUCGCUGCAGGGCGCCCAGGCGUGCAGCUGGCUCCCACAUUCUCUCCGCUGCCGGCCAAAGGCAGCCUUGGGCUUUGGGGCCUCGGCCGCUCCCCCCCACCGAACCCCCCCCAAGCGUUGGGGCGAUGUUACCCCCAAAGUGCGCCCCUCACCAGGCCCACUGCCUCUGCCACGGCGCCGCAGCCGCCCCUGUUUAUUGUGUCUGUGAGUUGUUUACUUGUUUUGUCUGCUGCCACCCUGCGUCAGAAACCCGCCAAACCAGCAAACUCACCCAGGAGAACAAAGUGCAGCGCUCUCCCCAACUCCCUCCCCUUCCUGGCACCCCGCUCCCGCCACCACCCCCUUCCUCACUCUCCCUUCCGAGGGGAGGAAGCAGAAACCGUCCUAAAAUAAGGCAACUGUUUCUAGGGUUGGGGGAAUGAUGGGGACACCAUAAACCUCCGGGUGGGUGUCCUGGUGGUGGAGGGUCAGAGCGGCCCUGCAGCUUUUCUUCCUUCCUCCUGGCGGCUGCCUGGUUAAGGGGGCUCCGCUCAUUGAGGAAGUUGAGUCCCCCUCACCCCACUUCUUUCGGUAGGAGUUCUCCCUGAGACACAGGUUGUUGGGUUUUAAAUCAGGGUAAUGUUGGCAGAUUCAUAAAGCUAGAUAAAGCAUGUCGCUCUCGCUCUCACCCUCCCUUCUCCUCAGCCCCCCAAAAUAGCAGUGAAUUUAAGCAAAUCCUACAAAAUUAAAUUGCCCCUUCGCUAAAGACCCUAUAAAUCUCCAAUCCCGCCAGGUGUAGAGUCAGCGAGGCCGCUCUUCGCCUCUAAUUUUGCUCCUGGCUAUCAAAUCUAAAAGAGUAUCAUCGAAGUAAGUAAUAUUCUCGUUUCUGAAAUUAAUUUCCCUCUCCCCAUCUCUCUCCCUAUUUUCGCCAGCGCAGAUUAAAUGGCUCUUUCAGAUCUGCAAACAAUAAAGGAUAAAAUUAUUUACAGGGAAAUAAGACGAUGUUUCAUUGUUGGCUUAUUGUUCCAGAACAUAAUAACAUUUUAUUUUCAAAUGGGAGAACUCAGACCAGAGGGAGGAGAAGAGGGAAAGCCGGGAAAGUGAGGGGAGGUGGGGUAAACCCACCCACAGCUCCUGCGGUAUAUAACUUUCAUAACAUUUACAGUUUCCUCAUGACAACUCACUGUGACGUCAUACGUGCUGCGUUCUUGAAUUUUACGAUUCUCCUAAGCCUCCAAAAAUGGGUCCAAGCAGUGCCAGGGCGUGCGGGUAUAAGAGAAGGCAGGAAGUUGGGGAUCCUCUGGCCUUGUUCUGGGGGUUAAAAAUAGUGUGAAUAGUCUGGAUUUUCAUUUUCCCUCCUGGGCCAAGCCGGGCCACUUGCUUUGCCUCCCUGAAAUGCCAGUCAGGGUCUGAGUUCCCUGCCCAUUCCCAAUGGGGAUGAGAUACUGGGUCCCAAGGAGGCUGUCUUUGGACCCCCUUCUCAGCUGCUUGGGAUAGAGUUGGGAGGCUUGGGGGCCAGGCCCCAAAAGCCAGAAGUGAUUUCUUCCAGAGGGAGCCCGAAAGGGGCUCAGGACUGAGUGUGAUGGGACAGAGAUGCCUAGGACCUAUUUUACUUUUUAACCUUCAGCCAGAGAAGUGAACUGGGGAGCCAAACACCGGCAUGGGAGUUUGGGUCUGUGGACAGAAGCAGCAUUAAGUGGAGAGGUGGUAAAGAAAGGCCAGGCAGAAAUCUGGAGAGAGCGAGAGAGGGAGAGGAGAAAAUAGGACGCGAGUUAGCAGAGCUCCUCCAGUGCCCUCCUCUCUGUUUCAUUGCAAAUAAAGCAAAAGCAGCUCCAGCGGCCUCUCAACCCCUCAGCCCAGGCCUCUGAGGGGUUUGGGGCAGUUCUCAGGCACUCAACAUGCCCCAUCUGGCCUUUGCUUUCAUCCCCCCACCCUGAUCCCCAACUCCACUCAGCUGGCCAGCCUGGGCCCAGUCCCCCAGUCCCCGGAAUCUCAGCACCCCCAAAUGGGAUCCAUUUCCGGGUUGGAUGUGUCAAAUUUCACUUUUCACCAAGUGACUCCAUGUCUGAACUUUGAAAGGAGCAAGAGCAUUCUUUUGGGGAGUGCAGUGUGUGUCCCGGGAGCUGUGGGCUCGGGGCAACUUCCCCACAGUGAGAUGCUGGGGGCUCCUCGGGUCAGCUGUGCUGUGGUGUCCCCAGGCAGACCUAGUUCCUCGUGUUCAGGUUUUCUGGUGGACCAGGAGACUCUCUUUGCAAUCCUUUUACUCCAGAUUCUGUGGAGAUCAAAGGAGCUCAUGCACAAAACACUAGGUGUUGGGAGUAGGAUUUAUUUUUUAAAUUAAAAAAAAAAUCCAAUCAUAAGCCAGUCGGAGCCAACCGAGAAGGAGAAGUCACUCUAGGACAGCAAAGCCCUAACCAAACAGUGCAAUUGUGAGGUGAGCUCAACAGUUAUUGAAAGUCAGCUUUCUCUGCAAGAGGGAUUUCAGCCCACACCCAGUGGCACAAAAGGGGCCGUUGGGGCAAUCGUUCCUCUCCGGCUCUGGAAAUCCAGGAUUGAGGGGGUGGGUAGGGCAGCUGCAGUGGCUUCCUGGCAGCCAGGCGCUCAGGCCGAGCGCUGAGUCCUGCGGCUCCAAGGCUCGCUCCUGUCCCCUGAGCAGCCUCCGGAGGCGCCGAGCUGUAGUUGGUGGCGCCGGCAGCCAGGAAUGGAGCGUUCGUAUCUGUGGCGAGGCUGGGUGAGUCCCAGACAUCCGCGCAGAGUUGGGGCAUCUGGGGAGAGAGAGAAGACAGGGUAGGACACACACUGAUCUCUGGAGAAGACUGUCCCCCAAUAAGAAGUCCAGGUCUCAGCCCUCUCACUUCAGAUACCCUUCGCCAAGAAAUGAAGGUAUUUCCCAGAGCAGAAUAGAAAGCAGAGGCAGGCAACGUGGGCCUGCCCAUGACCCCCUCCUGGGCCAGAGUCCAGUCUCAGCCACCCUCUCCCCUGUGCAGAGCUGCAUAGCCCCCCCUGGGCCCUGGAGAGGGAUAAGGCUGGAGAAGGAGCCUCUCACUCGCCCUGGGAAACAAACCCUCAAGUGCCCAGCCUCCAAUGCAAUCCUUAACUUUGAGGACUCCAGGCCAGUGACUGUCCCCCACUCGGGCCCAGGGCGCCUGCACCAAGUUCCUCUCCCAUAAUUAGCGCUCCUAAAAGCCUGUGUUUGGGAUGGGGGUGCAGUGAAACAGGGAGCGGCCAGUUUCCCCCUUUAUUUCGCUUCUGUGUUUUUUGAAUUCUGGUUUUGCAUCCACUGAUUCCAGCCCUGAAAGCGAAAAUCCGUUCGUUUCUUGCCGCCAAACCCCCUCGGAAUGCCUGACUCCAGAGGCGGAAGGGGCAGGGAGACCUGCGGGCCUGAUGGGGGGGGUGUCCUCUGAUUUCUCUAAUUUCUCUAGGCUUGUUUUAUAGAAACAAAGAACAAGUUCUCCCCCCCCUCCUUCCCAGGACUUGUGCAUAUUUACAGAGCUCAACUGCAGUUUUAAUAAAACAUCUGUUCUUGCUUCUGCUGAUGAGUUUCCAUAAUUGUUUUCAGACAAAUUUAACAGGAAAAUAUAAAUAUAUUUAGAAAAACCCACGUCCCAGCUUUCCCCCCACAGACAGUCGUUCUUCUGCCAAAAACAUAAAAUGAACCCGAAAUGAAAAAAGGAAAAUAUCCAAUAGAGGGAAGAUCCUGUUCCUCUGACCUGCUCUCCCCCCUUGGAGCGAAUCCCUCCAACACAUUUCAGCUGCAUAAUUAAAGAUCUAACUGAAAGAGGAGGCUUCUUUCCUCAGGAAAAGGUGAUGGGGAGAAAGUGUCUUGGAAAUUAAUUUUGCCGAAAGUCUUUAAGCAGUGGGGGAAUUUAUUUGUAUUUCUGCUUCCCCUUCUCUCCCCCUUCCAGCAUUUCUGUCUCCCCCCCACCCCCAGCAGCUGGUUCCUGUUCAUUAUAAAUCGGCAAGACCUUUCAGUCUCUGCCCUCUGUUUAGGGACGUAAUAAAACACUUAACUUUCCGGGGCUGAGACUUCCAUUCUGCUCCUCAGGUCGCCCACCCCUGCGCCCACCACCUUCAGGCCCCAAAGGAGUCUCUCGCCUCCUUUGGGGCCCCUUUCCCCUCCAGACGUGGUUUAGGAGGGGCUCAAGGAAACCCAGGCAUCCCUUCCUGGGCUAGCGAUAGCCCAGGCCUCCCCAGAAGCCCCUUCUUUCUUCUAAGGUCUUUCCUUCCCCCACCCACCCAUAAAAGAGAUUUUAAAAUACAUAGAAAAUCAACACUCAUUGAAAGCGAAACCUCAUUAAGACAUCCUAUCUUCCAUCAUUCAAUUUGUUGUACAUUGCAACAAUUUAAUAUCUUGAAGGAAAUAUCACUGACAUGAUUUAUCCCUCUAGCAAUCUCUUUCUGAAAUGGGGGAGGGGGGCAUGUACCCUCCUCCCUUCUGGCCUGUUCUGCCUGUUCCACUGCUAGCCUUGGGGCCCCGAAGUGAGCCUGGGAAGUCUGAGUGGCUACUCUUGUCCAGGGGUGCACUGACCAGUUUCUUAGCUCAGCCCCUCCUCGGUUUUCCACCCCUCCUCCCCGGUUCUCUCUCCCUCUCCCUCUUGCCCUCCAGGGGGCCUGAAGCCCCAGCCAGCUGUUGGAAACCUCUGCCCAGGCACGCCACAAAUUCGAGGACAGCUGGAUUGUAGAGCGAACAGCAGCUCACGCUGGUGUCUGUUUGUGUACCUGCCAUGGCACCCCCAAAGGAGACAACCCAUCUCGAAAUUUCUUUCUUCAUUUAAGAGCCCCCCUCUCCACUUUCACCUUCAUCUCCUUGGGGAGAGGAAAGUAUGGUCCAAGAGGGGGGAACCUUUACAAUUCUAGAGGGCUUUCCCCCUGCUCUUCUAAAUACCAAGAAAUUCCCCUUCUUUCUGAAGGACUGGGGCUCUGUGUUAAAAAGCCAACACAAACUGUCUCUCGCAGGAAGGCUGUCCCAUCCUGCGAGGAGGACCAUGUAUUAACUAACAUGUCGUCUCCAUCAGCUCCUACACACUGUCUGCUUUGGGGUUCGAAACUUUAUUUUUCCCCCCUAGCGACACUCCAGGGAAACCUUAACGUUACAGAAGAUGGAUAAACGAGUUUUUUUCCCAGCAUAGUCCGUUUAUGGCUUUAUUGCUACCCAUUGAUUACUCCGCUUUGUUACACAGAAGGAAAAGAUCAUAAAAUCCGGCGACAUCCGGGUUCUUGUUAUAGCCAUCCCCCCCCCCCAAAAAAAAUGGUGAGGGGAAAAUAUGAGCUUCAACUGCUCCCCUUCCCUUGCCCCCCCACCACCCCCCUCUUUGUCAAUUCAAAGCGUAUUUGGCCUCUUACGAUAUCAAAUUAAGUAGUUUGGAUUAAUCAGGAGGAAAGAAACCCAUCUGCACACCUUCCGCCGUUUCCCUUCGCCCACUGCGGCUCCCUCAGAAGCCUCGGACUCAGCUGCCUUUUCCUCACCUUCUCUUCCUUUUUCUCUGUCCCAAGGUGGGAAGAAACCAGGAGUAGGGGGUUGCUGAGAGGCCCGGCCCCACCAGGUGUGGCUGAGCCUUGGGUGAGAGGCCCCAGGAAGGCAUGGCUGGAAUCUCCAAGCCACAGGGCUCAGGACCAGGGGCAUCUCCCUAGGCAGAGCAGAAAGUCCGAGGGGGCAGGGGCUUCUGACCUGGGCAGGGGCCUGAGCCUGCAAGAGGCUCACUGUCCAUCAGAGCUCCACCAGCCUUCUCUUUCUGGCUGGAUCCUAUGCGAAUUACCCCAGCAGCCCUGGCUGGCUCCAAAUCAUAAAUUCUCACCAACAUAAACAGGAGUUGAUGUGUCUAGAAAGACUCUCAGAGUUCUUUCUUCUUCCUUUCUUCCUUCCAUUCUCGCUCUCUCCCACUUUAUACUUCCUUCUCUUCUUUGCCUGUUGUAUUUAAAUAAUUUUUCCCUUUUAGGCAAAAAUGCUGCAAGGGUUUCCCCGAAAAGGGGGUCCUGAGGAGGAGGUGGGGGGGGCGACCUAGGAGGCAAAUGCAUGGCUCUUUUGCACAUCUCAGCUCUGCCACUGCCCCCUGAAGUCUCACCCUUCCCUCUUUAGACUUAGAGGCACCCCCACGUGCCCCCCUCCAUCCCAGACUCUCAGAUACACUCACUUUCCUUCCUUGGAGCACCAUGUUUUAUGCAAUUUCUUUCCACUUUGGGUUCAAAAAAACCAAACUACUGGGGGAAAGAAAAAACCAUACUGGUUUAGUGAUAAGGACUCCCUUCAUGGAGUGUCAGACCAGGAUUUCCUGGAGGAUUUCUGGGGAUCCCCCUGAGCUGGGAGAGAGCUCCUCCCAUGGAGAACUCAGGAUGUAAUUUUAGAAGGGGGCAGAUAUAAAAGAUGAAAUCAGAUUGGAAAUACAGGGACUUCUCCAGCCCUGGUUCUGGCCACAGCACAGCAAAGUUAGCCGGGGGCUGAGGGAUUUCCUGGGAGUGCAGCUCGCCUUUUCCAGGCCCCAAGGCCCUGCUCACGGACGUUCACCCUUCCUUCACCUUCAAAUCAGUUCCCUUACAUAUAUAUUUUUAAAAGAAAUCCAAGUCUUACUUUCAAAGCACACACUUAGUCUCAACUAGGGAAUCAACAGAAGCAGAAGCGAUUUUUUUCCCCCUUCUUGACAUCUGGCUUGCGAUUGGCUGGAAGAGGGUCAGCUGACUUUGUCAUUUUGUCUGUCCUGGAUUGGAGCCGUCCCUAUAACCAUCUAGUUCCGAGUACAAACUGGAGACAGAAAUAAAUAUUAAAGAAAUCAUAGCCCGACCAGGUAAAGGCAAAGGGAUGAAUUCCUACUUCACCAACCCUUCCUUAUCCUGCCACCUCGCCGGGGGCCAGGACGUCCUCCCCAACGUCGCCCUCAAUUCCACCGCCUAUGAUCCAGUGAGGCAUUUCUCGACCUAUGGAGCAGCCGUUGCCCAGAACCGGAUCUACUCGACUCCCUUUUAUUCGCCACAGGAGAAUGUCGUGUUCAGUUCCAGCCGGGGGCCGUAUGACUAUGGAUCUAAUUCCUUUUACCAGGAGAAAGACAUGCUCUCUAACUGCAGACAAAACACCUUAGGACAUAACACACAGACCUCAAUCGCUCAGGAUUUUAGUUCUGAGCAGGGCAGGACUGCGCCCCAGGACCAGAAAGCCAGUAUCCAGAUUUACCCCUGGAUGCAGCGAAUGAAUUCGCACAGUGGGGUCGGCUAUGGAGCGGACCGGAGGCGCGGCCGCCAGAUCUACUCGCGGUACCAGACCCUGGAACUGGAGAAAGAAUUUCACUUCAACCGCUACCUAACGCGGCGCCGGCGCAUCGAGAUCGCCAACGCGCUGUGCCUGACCGAGCGACAGAUCAAAAUCUGGUUCCAGAACCGCCGGAUGAAGUGGAAAAAAGAGUCUAAUCUCACGUCCACGCUCUCAGGGGGCGGCGGAGGGGCCGCGGCCGACAGCCUGGGCGGAAAAGAGGAAAAGCGGGAAGAGACAGAAGAGGAGAAGCAGAAAGAGUGACCAGGACUGUCCCUGCCACCCCUCUCUCUCCUGCUCCCUCGCUCCCCCCAGCUCCCUCCUAAUCACACACUCUGUAUUUAUCACUGGCACAAUUGAUGUGUUUGGACUCCCUGAGACAAAAUUAGGGAGUCAAAAAUGGACCUGAAAAGUCAACUCUGGACCCCCCCCCCCACCGUACAAACUCUUUUUCACCAGGCGCCUCCUCCUCUUCGCUCCCGUGCUAGCUCGUUCUCGGCUUGUCUGCAGGCCCCUUCCCCCGCCCAGGCCUUGGGGGUCGUCCCUGAACCUCGCUUCAGACUCCACAGAUCUCCCUCCAAACGAGGACUUGGCCUCCCACCCCCUCGGCGCCCCCCACCGCCACCCCUGCCCAGAAAGCCGGCUCCCGGGGCCCCGGGGGGGCUCUGCUCCGGGGCCUCAGGGCCCGGCCUGGCAGCCGGGGAGGGCGGGAGGCCCAAGGAGGGCGCGUCGUGGCCCCACAGCAACCCCCAGGGCCUCCCCGCAGCCCCCGCCUGGCCCCUCUGCCCCAGCAAAUGCCCAGCACGGGCGAAUUGUAUUUAAAGAAUCCUGGGGGUCAUAUGGCAUAUUACAAACUGUGACCGUCUCUGUGUGAAUAUUUUUAGCUGUAUUUGUGGUCUCUGUAUUUAUAUUUAUGUUUAGCAUCGUCCGUGUUCCAAUCCCAUCUUUAAAAGGAAAAAAAAAAGAGGGAAAACUGCAAAACGACAGAAAAAAAGUGAAUGACGUCUGUUUAGCCAGUAGGAGAAAAAAAAAUAAUUAAAAAAAAAAAGCCCCUCGUGUUACCCUCCUGUAUAAAUCCAACCUCUGGAUCCGUUCUCGAAUAUUUAAUAAAACUGAUAUUAUUUUUAAAAGUUUA